AAUAGAAAACCGUUUCGUUUUGUACGCACGUGCACCGGUUGGUAUCCAAACGAUCGAUGGAAUUAUAACCCUAUGACGAGUUUCCUGCUUUGAAACAGCAUAUCCAAGCGGGAAAACAACCCUGUUACUAUGUAAACAUAUACUUAAUAAAGGACAGAGAGACUAACCGCCACAUUGUCUGAAAGAGCAUCUUGACCAGCAUCGAAACUCGCUGCGCCAAUUUAGCCUGGUAUUUGUGCAAGAAUGGCCGAGAUUGAUAUGGACAACCGGGAUCCAAAUAACAUCAAUGACCAUUUAAAGGUCCAGUUUGAGGACAUCUUGGCUGAGCCCGAAGGUGCCCACAGUCUUGACUGUUGCUGGAAGUUUACCAACACAUGCUUCAACUGCGCCUUCAAAUGCUGCUACAUGCUGAUGACCCUGUGUGGUCCUAUCUACGGUCUGUGCUAUGGUUGGCAAUACGCCAUGCUUGCCUGUGCUCACAUCUGGCAGUACACACCCCAGAUCAGAGCUUGCGAGAUCGACUGCAUUAUGUUCAGGAAGGUGUACACAAUCUGCCUCAACUGCUGCCUGACACCGUUCUGUGAGUCCUGUGGUGCCUUCUUCAGUAGGAUUCAAGUCAAACAAUAAUACAGGGACAAUUUUUCCUCCCAAGAUUCUUACAGGACUUUCCUUCAUCUUGGGAAUGUGUUGUGUUCUCAUCUACCCUCCCACAGGACCAUUUAUAGUGCCUGCUCGUCGAUUUACUGGCAUUAAGCAGCGUCGUGCGGAUUUGCAGUGCAAAUGGAUAUACAUUCGUCAAAAGUAAUCUUUCGGUUCUUUCCUUAACCUUUUAAACCAGGGAUUGUAUCCAUUUUGUCUUGGAACUCGUCUGGAACUUGGAACUUGGAACUCAUCUGGAAAUAUUUCUACAAUUUCUCCUAUCGAGAAAAUAAGGGACAUAACUCGUGUGUUCCUGUUCGUGUGUCCGUGUACAGAUCUGGACAGAUUGCAUUAGAACAACAAAGUAUUAUGUUGUACAUAUUUGUAUUUUCCGCAUUUCUGUGAUCAAUAAAAGUCUUUUAUACAA